UAAUAACUUCAAAAAAAAAUAAAACCUUGCUAAAUUAACAACCAGAUGAUAAAACUAAGACUUUGGUUAAAAAUGUCGACUCCAACUUCGAGCCCAUCAGUGAGCGAGACAAACGGGUUGAGGCUUAACUAUUGAUAAAGUAACUGGAAGACUUGUUUUUCAUUUUGUGGAUUAAUUCAUGAUUAUUAUUACUAGUAAGAGCCUGCGACUUGAAAUCUCUGCAACUUGAAACCUUUCAUUCAAAGUGAUUAUUCAGUGAAUGCAGUUUGUUUCACUCUAGUUACUUUUUACUGUAUUUUUUGGUGCAACGGUUAACUUUUGACAAACGCUAUGGAUUAUACUAAAGCACUUUCCAACUCUAAAUUAUUACAAAUUGUUGUGUUUGGACCAAUAAGUUUACUUCUCUUUGUGUUGAUCAGAAAAGUUUACCAAAUUUUAAGCUGGAUUUUACAUUUUCGCUCCUUUCCUCAAAACAGAGGACAUUUUAUUCUUGGUAAUGUUAAACAAUUGGUCCCAUCGUUCCCAUCUUUUGCGUCAAGUGCUACAUCAACCACUAUUUCUGAAUUCAUAUCUGAGUGUAUGAAGGUAGAUAAUGAAGGAGUCUUCGUUUUCUGGUUGGGCUGGUAUCCAAUGGUUGCCAUUACUGACUACAAAGGUGCUGAGGCUGUUCUUAGUAAACCUAAUCAGAAAAAAGGUGAAGAGUACAAGUUUCUUGGUCUUCAAGAUGGCAUCGUGGCUUCCCAUGGUCAAAAAUGGAGAGCAAGACGACGAAUGAUUGAUCCUUUCUUCAAUGCUAAAAGUUUAACUUCUUAUAUUCCAUUAAUGAAUCAAGCCUUUAGUUUGGUAACCAAAGACUUGAAGGAAGAAAAAGUUGAAACAAUUGACAUGGCUCAUAAUAUUCACAUCGGAUCAUUGAAUGUCAUUAUGGAAAGUACAAUGAGUAUUCCUGUUGAUUCAAUGAAAGACUAUAAAAAAGUGAUUCUUAGUGAUCUUGAGUCUGUUGAAAAAAUUGCUUUGACUCGUAUACUCAACCCUAUUUUAUGGUUUGAUAAAAUAUUUUUUCAAACCAAAGGAGGUAAAUUUUUCAAAGAAGCAGUUGACAGAUUUGAUGCUGUUUUGAUUGACAAAAUAACUGAAAGACUCGACUCUCGAAAAUUAAAAGUUGAUGAAAAGGAGCAAAAAAUGAGACAUGAUCUCAUUGAUCUAUUGGCCGUUCAUCACGAUCCCAAUUCAAAUGAUGUUACUCAAUCAAUUGACAUUGAAGGCAUGAAAGCUGAAAUUGUCAAUGUAAUUAUUGCUGGACAUGAUAGUAUCGCUGCUGGGAUAAGAUGGACGCUGUUUCUCUUAGGUAAUCACAUUGAAUGUCAGGAGAUACUUUAUAAUGAAAUUGCAACAAGCUUUGCUGAUGAUCAAUAUCCUACAACCUUAGAUGAAAUCAAUAGAUUAACUUACUUGGAUCAAUGUGUCAAAGAAAGUAUGAGACUUUACCCACCGAUUCCCUUAACAUCAUAUCAACUCGAGUACGACGCUGAGGUUGGUAAAUACGUUGUACCGAAAGGUACAGCAGUUGCUUUUUCAUUCUAUACUAUUCAUCGAGAUGAAAAAAUCUGGGAAAAUCCUAAUCAAUUUGAUCCAGAUCGAUUUAGUCCAGAAAGAUAUUCAAAAAUACCCAGAUAUGGUUACAUACCUUUUGGUCUUGGUAAAAGGAGCUGUGUUGGACAGAAAUUCGCUAUGAUCGAAAUGAAAGUUUUUAUUAUUCAUCUAAUCAAACAUUACAGUUGGAUUUCAACAAAGAACGUUGAUGAAGUUAAAUUUGCCAUGGAUGUCUCAACUAAACCAUUAGAACCCCUCAACAUAAAGCUUACUCCGAGAAAUUAGCUUUCAAUAAAUGUAUAACUCAACCAUUGUUAUAGCAAACCAAAUUAAAAGCUCUAUGGCAUCUAUUUAA